AUGGUAGUAUCCCAGACCCUAUCUGCUGAUGGUCCUUUGUUAUCAGAUCCUACACUUUACAAAUCUCUUGUUGGUCCUUAUGCUAUCAACUCUGUUAGUCAAUUUCUCCACUCUCUGACUGACGACCACUAUCUUGCUAUCAAACGCAUUCUUCGCUAUGCUAAAGGCACGUUGUAUUUUGGGCUCAUUUUUCACCCAUCCGCUGCUCCUGGUACUUUUGCUGCUUACUCAGAUGCAGAUUGGGCAGGCUGCCCCAAUACUUGCCACUCUAUCUCUGGUUGCUCUAUUUAUCUUGGCGGCAAUUUGUUUUCUUGGAGUGCCAAAAAGCAACCUACCGUUUCUCGCUCCAGUUGUGAAUCUGAGUAUCGUGCUUUAGCUCUCACUACUACUAAACUUCUUUGCCUCACACAUCUUCUCAGCGACCUCAAAAAAUGGAGCAAAUCUAUAAGUGAUGAUCAAAAUGAGAUGAAUGACAAGUUUUGCAAUAUAUAA